UAGUCGCGUCCGCCGAUAAUAGCACAUCAGCCAGAGCCGCUCUAUUGGGAGAGCAGAGCACAGGCAGUGCAGGAGGACGGAGCGGCUGAGCUGCAGAGCGGCACACUCGAGGAGACAGGCACACUCCGAGAGAGCGAGGGAAGAGCGAGAGCGCAUCAGAAGAGGGGAGGACAGAGCAGGAGCAGAGCAGUGGAAAGAGGAGAGGAGAGCAAGGAGGUGGGGGGGGGUAGAAAAGUUACCAGGUCAGCAGCAGAGCGUGGAAGUGGAGCAGCUGGGACUCAAGCGGGGUCUCAGUCCCACCGGAGCAGCCCGGUGCAGCAGCAGCAGCAGAGGAGGAGAGUGAUAUUACAUGAGGGGAUAGAGGCAGAGCUGUGACUUCUUCCUGGAAAGGCAGUCCUGUCAUCAGGGUUAGGGUAAUGCUCCUCACAGGACCCCCCUGCACAGCUUCUUCAGCAGGAUCACUUCCACACUGCGAGCAGGAGACACUUGAACCUGGCCGAGGCGUCUGAGCGCUGCAGAGUCUGAUCCAUCCGUGCACUGUGAAAGUGGAUGUGCCGGUGCUUCCCUGAAGAGAGUGGAGCUGUGGAGGGUGGAGUUGUUCUGUCCUGUCAUCUCUGCAGAGACUAUGUUAGACUGUGCGUCGGGAAGUCCUUCAUCAGCAGCUGCAGCCCUAGAGCAUGGAGAAGUCCAGCAGUGAGGAGUCAGCCAUUCACCGUAGCCCCUCAGUAGACAGCCGUGACUCCGAUUUUGCCCAAGCCUCCACGUCUGGCCGCCCCUUCGGUGGCCGGGGGUUCACCGCCGGUGCUUUCUACGGCUCCACGGGCUCGCGCAAAAACGCACAGCAGGGACAGGCUGGAGCGGCAGCUGAUCCCAGCGCGGGGGACAAGUCCAACGCCAAGCCGAGCACACCCAAAGGCAGCAAAUACGUGGUGUUUUACCUGGAUCUAUCCUUUGUGUUCCUUCUAGAAUUCAAGAAGUGCAACAUGGCACGAGGCUGCCUCUGCUGCUUGAAGUAUAUGAUGUUCAUCUUCAAUCUCAUCUUCUGGCUGUGCGGCUGUGGGCUGCUGGGCGUGGGCAUCUGGCUCUCCGUGUCUCAGGGCAGCUUCGCCACCUUCUCUCCGUCCUUCCCGGCGCUGUCCGCCGCCAACAUGGUCAUCGCCAUCGGAGCCAUCGUCAUGGUGACGGGCUUCCUCGGCUGCCUGGGCGCCAUCAAGGAGAACAAGUGCCUGCUGCUGAGCUUCUUCAUUGUCCUGCUGAUAAUUCUCCUGGCAGAGCUGAUAUUGCUCAUCCUGUUCUUUGUGUACUCAGAUAAGGUGAGUGAGAACGCGAAGCAGGACCUGAAGGACGGCCUGGCUCUCUACAACUCAGACAACAACAUAGGCCUGAGGAACGCCUGGAAUAUCAUCCAGGCAGAGUGGAAGUGCUGCGGUGUGAUAGCGUACACCGACUGGCACGAGGCCCUGCAGGACAAGGUGGUUCCUGACCGCUGCUGUCAGGAGCAUUACCAGAACUGUGGACAGAACUCCACCAACAUGUUCUGGAACAGGGGCUGUUUCGAGAAAGUGGAGGAAUGGCUGGAUGAAAACAAGCACCUGCUGGGAACUAUAGGCAUGGUCAUCUUGGUGCUGCAG